AUGCUCCAUCGUCGUGGCCACAGAAUUCUGAACAUUAUCAUAUCAAUAUGUUUGUUCGGCUUAUUUGUCGUUAUCAUGAGAGGACCGUCCACGGACGGUAUUUUGUCGGAAACCCCGUCAUUUCCCGCAAUUCCUGACAUCGUCAUUCGGACGACAAAAGAAUUGGAAGCCGAUUUAGUCAACGAUUCUGUGGCUGAUUAUGGAAGCGAACAGGAUAUAUCUUUGUGGCCUUUUCACAGAGCAAAUGCGAACAUGACCAUUUCUGGUGAUGAGAUAGUACGAUCGGUUGAUUUUCUCAACGAAAACUUCGAGUUUUUGAAUCUUGCAAAGUUCGGGCCCAUUGAGGAUGUAAAAAUCGUCAUUAUAGUGCAGGUCCAUAACCGUCCCAACUACCUUGCUUACCUCAUCGAGUCUCUUCGGCACACUAAAGGCAUAGAAGAAGCCUUGAUUGUAUUCAGUCAUGAUAUAAACGUCACGCCAGUGAACGAAAUGAUAAGAAAUAUUAGUUUUGCUCGGGUUCUUCAAAUUUAUUACCCUUACAACAUGCAAAUAUUUCCACAUGUUUUCCCUGGGCAGGAUCCCAAAGAUUGUCCAGAAAAGAUGGGAAAGAGCGCAGCAUUAUCUUCGAAAUGCAAAAAUGCUGAACAUCCCGAUAAGUAUGGAAAUUACAGAGUAGCAAAGCUGACGCAAGUCAAACAUCAUUGGUGGUGGAAGAUGAAUUACGUCUUCGAUGGAGUAUUUGAUCGAUACGGUCUUACUGAUGCAUGGGUACUGCUGCUUGAAGAGGAUCAUUACGUUGUUCCAGAUGCGUUACAUGUUCUACACAAUAUUAUACAGAACAGAAAGAAGUACUGCGAUACGUGUGAAAUCAUCUCAUUGGGUUCCUACCUCAAAUCAUUCACAUCUUAUGCACAAAAUAUUGCGAAGCUUGGAGCCCAUCCGUGGUAUAGCUCCAAGCAUAAUAUGGGAAUGGCAUUUCGACGAGAAAGUUGGAUGAAAGUGAAAGCCUGUGCUGAACUCUUUUGUAGUAUGCGACUACAACUGGACUGA